AUGAGUAGUGGGACUCCCAUCGGAUCCGGACCGGUGGUUUCUAUGACACCGCCGUACCGCUGCUGGGCGCCCGCCCCUCUGUGCCAGACUAUCGGAGAGAUCGACUUCUACACCGACAGCCCAAAGGAUUAUGACCGGCUGGCCCGACACCGGAAGGCGUGGACGUGGCUCCUCCCGCACCACAAACGCGUCCAGGUCGUUAGCAACCUAUUCACAAUCCUGUUCCACGGGGUUCCGCGAGACUGGUUCUCCAAGCAGAGUCCGGAAAACAGCGAGGCCGGAGAGGCCAUUAUAAAGGCAAUGACGCCAAGCAACGCCGUGGGAAAGAAGUGGAAAGGGUCCCUGAUGGUCAGCCUCCACCGCGCCGAGGACGCCAACCGACUGCUGCGAGGUUUAUUCUACCUGCGGAGUCAAACCCUACGGACCGAGUUGUUCGAUCCCAGUGGACGUCUGACGCAGUGCUUGCAAUGCCAACGUUAUGGACACGUCCAGCGCGGCUGCACCUUCUCCAUUCGACGCCUGUACUGCGGUGAACAACACCGGAAAGGUGACUGUCCCCAAACCAAGGUAACCCCCGAUCGUUUUACAUGCGCCACCUGCAAAGGCCCUAAUCUUGCCUACGAAAAGAUGUGCCCGACACGACUCCAAGCGGCUGCCGAAGCCGACUAUACCAGAAAGCACAAGCCGAAAUACUUUCCCGAACCAGCGCGGCCGGUGACGUCCCUGCCUAUUGGACCUCCGCCGCUGACAUCCAAUCCCAGCGGGGACUCUGAGCAGCCGGAGGAACCCGAACCCGAACCCGCCGAAUCCAGCGCGGAGACGCGGAAGAAAGCCAAGAAGGUGGUGGAGACCAGUCUCACAACCACACCAACGCCACUGCCGGAAGGCGCACAGCGAAAUCUGCGUCGACGAGCGAUCACCUACGCCCACGAGGUCUGCCUGGUCAACUCGGCCACCUCGGACCACUCAGAAAGCACCGAGCCGGAAUCAGACCAGAGAGAACCGUCAGGGACGAUCUCCCAAGCCGACAGCUCCGAGCAGUCCGAAGAAUCCAAUCCGUCCGGGCGAUCGGACACAGAUGCGCCGUCAGCCCCGAAGAACUCGGAGUUAGACAGAGAUGCCAACUUAGAGAUCCCAGACCGAGAGGAGGUCCAGCAAUGCUCGGCCUUGGACACGGACACACGACCCGAACAGCAAACGCCCAUUUCCCCGUUUAGCAGCCCGAAGAAACGACGAUCAACGCGCCUCCAGGAGGAACCAAUCAAACGCCGAAAAACCACAGGCCCGAGAGAAAUACCCCAGCCAACGCCUGAACAAUGGCGAAAUCCGAGCAGGCUGGACCCCCAGGCGGAAAGCCGAACAUGCAGGUCGUAUGUCGGCAUUGGGACUGACCGGCAAUUGAAGACCACUGACCAGCGUAAAACACACCAGACGAAAUGUCCACAAGGGGCAAGGGGAGGGGACGGGGCCGACCGACGCGUCCCCAGCUCCGCCCCCGCCCCCGCCCGACUCCGGUCCACCAGGAACGCUACGCGUCUUACCGGGGCGUACGCACCACCUCUGCAGGGACCGAGCGGGCUCGAGUUUACGGCACAGGCAAAAGCGAAACUGCUGUCCCAGAUGUUCUUCCCGCCACCACCACCCGUAAACCUCGACGAUAUCAGGAACUACAAAUACCCGGAACCGCUGCAGAAUCCCGGCAUUACCCAGAGCGAAAUGCUACAGUCGAUCAACAGACCACGGGAGGACAAAGACCCUUGCCCAGACGAUAUCACCGACCGGUUCCUCCAAGUCACGGCGGACCUGGUCGCACUGAUUCUGACAGAAAUCUACAACGAAUCGCUGCGGCAAGUCCAUUGCCCGACACACUUCCGGAAAGCACGUACCGUUGCCCUGCGCAAACCGGGCAGAGACGGCUACUCGAAACCGAAAUCAUACCGGCCUAUCGCGCUCCUAAACACAAUCGCUAAGGUGCUCGAAGGGAUUAUGGCCCUACGGCUAUCGUACUUCGCAGAAGAAUAUAAACUUCUCCCAGACAAUCACUUUCGCGGACGGAAGGGACAGGGCACCGAGACAGCACUUCACAGUGAUGGAAAUCAUCAGCAGAGCAUGGAAACGAGGCCUAACCGCGUCAGCACUGCUCCUAGACAAUUUAGGAGCCUUCGACAACGUCUCACACCAACAGCUCCUGCACAACCUCCGCAAACGACGAAUCCCAUCCGUAAUCAACUUCCAGAGGUCUCCUGUCCAGAAUCGAUGAUUGACACCGGAAUCCCCCGAAGAUCGCCGGUGUCCCCGAUUCUCUACCUGUUCUACCACGCGGAUAUGAUUAACGCAGAUGAAGAAACGAAAACAUCGGAUACAUUGACGACGCUACAAUGGCCCGGCACCGGCGGAAAACUGCUGAACUCUACGGAAGGCCUUUCUCAAUACCUGCGAACCGUGGUCACGGACACACGCCUUGGAGUAGUGCUAGACAGACAGUUCGACUUUCAGACACAUCUACAGCAGAUCGAUACCAAAUGCAGUCAGGGGCUACGGGCAAUCACAUUGUUGGGACGUUCGAAAUGGGGUCCGUCCCUGGAGGACAAGCGGCAGGUAUACAACGCGUGCGUAACACCCGUGGCACUCUACGGGGCUUCCGUUUGGCAGCACCCAGGGGCCCCCAAGAAGAAAGGGAUGCACGACAGGCAGCUGCGAUCACUGGUCGCUAUUCAACGACGGGCCGGACACAGCAUCUCAGGCGGCUUCAAGGUCGUCAGCAGGGACGCAUUCGACGCAGAGCUCCACCUACUACCCAUAACCCAACGGCUCCGAAGAAACCGCCUGACCGCGCUGACCAGAAUUGCCGCAACCCCCGCAUACCAACGAAUCCUUAGGCAGCGCGCUUUCAGCCAGAACCAAGCUCUACAUUCCGCGCUGGAGAUCACAACCGCAUUUAUCGUGCCCCGUGGUGGAAACUACCCCAUGUGGAGAUAG